CCUCCCUCCUUCCUCCCUCUCGGCCGCCGGGAGCCAAGAACCGCUUGCGUCCCCCCGCAGUCAGAUCCCCCGCCGUUCGCCUCGCCGCGCGAGGAAGACUCAGCCGCUCGUGAAUGGUGGGAGCCCGCACGAUCUCCGCCUCCCUCUCCUCGCCGCCGCUGCCGGGGAGGGACUCCUCCGCCUCCUCCUUCCGCUGCUUCGGCGCCUGCAUGCAGGGCUGGUACCACCGCUGCAUCGGCCUCGACCCCUGAGCAUCCUACGCCGCCGGCAAUCCUUCUGAUUUUCCUUCCCACCCUGAGUUUUUUUCUUUGCCGAUACAAGUGAGAGAAAGAAAAGGAGAUUUCGUCUGGUUUGAUUUGAUUCAUUGAUUGGUUGAUCGUCAUGGCUGUUGCGAUGCCCUCGACGCUGCCGAUGAAGCUGAGGAAGGUCGAGCCCCGCGGCAAGGCGGCGCCGGGGAUCGGCGGCCGGGCGCGCGUGCUGGUCACCGUCACCGUCCUCGGGAGCGCGGGCCCGCUCCGGUUCCUGGUCGAUGAGGGCGAGUCGGUCACCGGACUCAUCCGCGCCGCGCUCCGCUGCUACGCUCGCGAGGGCCGCAUGCCGCUGCUCGGCGCUGACGCUGCCAACUUCCUGCUCUACACUGCCAAUGGCAGAUCCGACGCUCUGAAGUCCGAUGAGCGAAUCUCCUUCAAUGGAUGCAGGAGCUUCAUGCUCUGGCAGAAGACCGUGCCCAACGCCGUCGCUGAUGACAACGGAUCGGAAUCGGCUGUGGCGAAUUCGAGCCCCGGCAGGAAGGGGAGCGGCGGCUGGAAAUUCGGGCUCAACAAGAUCCUCCUCAACUUCAGUUUCAAGGUGUGAGCCAUCGACGAGCUUCUCUCCACCGGAACAAAUAAAACGCGUUGAGCUCAAGCUGUUAUCGUCCUAUUGGAUUGUGUGUUCCAUCAUCGUCGAGCGAGCUUCUUCGUCGGCUGGUUACGCUUUUCUGCAUUCGAGUCAAGUCUGUUGCUUCCUUA